AUGACAACGAUUUUGAUCAAUGAAUCAAAUCCGUUAUUAGAUGAUGCAGCUGCAAUAGAAUAUAUCGAAGCAGAAGAAGAUGAUAAUUCAGCAAUUGUCGAAGAUGCAGUAGAAGAUGGAAAUGAAGAUGAAGAAGUAUUAUGGAUUAAAGAGCAUGAAGAUUUUAAUAGAUCAAAACAUUGGCUUUUAAGACCAAGUGUUUUUCAAGUUAUAUUUAUCAUGACUGCAUUAACAGUGAGUACAACAAUUGCAGAUGCAACAAAAACCGUUAUUCAAUUUAAAUUAGCAUGUAAUGCAGUAAUUGAUUCAAAGGGAAUAUGUGAUCCAAUAGAGACUCAAAUAUUAAUAUCAAAUUAUUCACAAUAUUCAUUAGUUGGUUCAACUAUAAUAUCAUUAAUUGGAAUGACUAAAUUUGCAUCAUUAUCUGAUAUUUAUGGUAGAAAAGCUUUUAUUACUGGAAAUGUUAUAUUAUAUUUUUUAUCAAAUUUAAUAAUAUAUUAUUUAUAUCAUUUUGAAACUUUUCAAUUUAAAACUUUACUUUUAGCAAGUUAUUUAUCUGCUAUUGGAGGUGGAUAUAUGCUUUUAUCAGUAAUGGUUGAAACUUGUUUAUCAGAUUUAAUUACAAAUACUUCUGCAUUAGCUCCAAUUUUAGCUCGUUCAAGUGCUAUAACAAGUUUAGGUCAAUUUGCUGCACCAUUAAUUGGUAAAAUGAUUCUUUCAUGGCAUUCCAAAAAAUCCCCAGUUUAUCAUAUUACAUCUAUAACUGAAAAUUCCAAAAUAUCAGAAAAUGAAUAUUUUUUAUUUAGAAUUGAAUUGAUCAUUGAAUUUUUAAUGUGUUUUUAUUGUUUAUUUAUAUUUGCAGAAACAAGAAAUCCAAAAUCUUUACAAAAAUCAAGAACAAAUUCAAUAAUUUCAAGAAGACCAUCUUCUUUAAACUUAAAUAUUCAAUCAAGUUAUAUCACUAAAAUCAAAAAUUAUUUUAAAGAAUUUUCACCAAUUAAAGUUAUAUUAUUUCCUUCAAGUACUAAAGUUAGAUUUAUAGUAGGAGCAAUGAUAUUUGUAUUAGUUUCAUAUGUUGCAUUAAUGAUUUCAAUUUCACAAGUUCUUGUUAAUUAUGUGAUUUUAAAAUUUGAUUUUGGUGAUGAUAUUGCAUAUAUAAUUUCAUUAAUGUCAAUAACUAAAGUAUUUGCAUUAAUGAUUGUAUUACCUUUUUUACAAACUUUUGUUUUAAAAAAAUGGUUUAAAUUUAAAGUUUCAAAUACUCAACCAGAUUCUAUAGAUUUUUCAUUAAUGUCAUUUGGAUUAUUUGUUGAUGUAUUAGUGUUUAUAAUGUUAUAUCAAGCAAAAUCUAAAAUUGAUAUAUAUUCAUCUUUAAGUGUAUUUGCAUUAGGUUCAAUGUUGACACCAGUUUUAAAUGCUUCAACUUUAAAAUUUUUUCCAAAAAGUAUGAUAGGUUCAUUUUAUGGUGCUAUAGGAGUUUUGAUUAAUUGUGCAACUAUUGUUGGUCCUAUAUUGGUAAUGAUUUUAUAUAAAUAUUCAUUAAGAAUUCAUUGGGAUAAUUUUGUUUUUUUACUUUCUUCAAUACUUAUUGGUUCACUUUUGGUUUUAAUCAUAUCAUGUAAAUUUAUUUUGGGAGAUGAAGAUUAUAUUAGGUUAAGAAGUAAUUUAUCUGGACUAGCUUGA